AUGGAUGAAUUCGUGGUAGUCUACUUGGAUGACAUUGUGGUUUGUGGCCAAACACUGGAAGAACACCUGGAGCACUUGCGAAAGGUCCUAGUCCGAUUGCGGGAGCACGAACUAUAUACAAAGCUAUCCAAGUGCUUCUUUACUCAAAAGCGAAUUGACUUCCUCGGACAUGUCAUCAAGGAAGGGAAGAUCAAGAUGGACCAACAGAAGAUUCAAGUUAUCACAGAUUGGAUGCCGCCUAAGGAUAUCCACGUCUUGAGGGCGUUCCUUGGCGUAUGCAACUUCUAUCGGCAAUUUAUGAAAAACUACUCCCUUAUCGCAGUGUUAUUGACAAAACUCCUCAAGAAGGUCACGACCUGGGAUUGGGGACCUAAGCGAGCGGAGGCCUUCAAUGCAUUAAAAACGGCUAUGUCUAGUUGCCCCGUCUUGGCCCUCCCUAAUUUGGCCAAGCCAUUCGAGGUACAAAUGGAUGCAUCCGACUAUGCCCUUGCCGAAGUCUUACUACAAGAAGGGCAUCUUGUAGCGUACGAGAUUCGGAAGCUGAAGUAUACAGAGCGAUGCUAUAUCGCCCAUGAGAAAGAAUUAUUGGUUGUCGUCCAUUGCCUACGCCUUUGGAGGCACUAUCUGCUAGGGCCCCGUUCAUGGUCAAGACAGACAAUAUAG